CGCUCUUAGACCGAGCAGGUUGUAGGAAGCAGCAGGGAAAGGCUCUGCUCCAGCCUGCCGCUCACGCCAGACGCCCCCCCAGCCGGGCACGAUGAGAGCUGUCAUCCAAAGGGUCACUCAGGCCAGUGUGACGGUGGGCGAUGAACAGAUCAGCUCCAUCGGACGGGGCAUCUGUGUCCUGCUGGGUAUUUCUGUGGAAGACACACAAAAAGAUGUAGAUUACAUGGUUCGGAAAAUCCUCAACCUGCGGAUAUUUGCAGAUGAAAGCGGCAAGCCUUGGUGUAAAAGUGUCAUGGACAAACAGUAUGAGGUGCUAUGUGUCAGUCAGUUCACGUUACAGUGCAUCCUAAAAGGCAACAAGCCUGACUUUCACAUGGCCAUGCCAUCCGAGCAUGCUGAGCCUUUCUAUAAUGAUUUCCUUCAGCACAUGAAGAGGGCCUACAAACCAGAACUCAUCAAAGACGGCAAGUUUGGUGCUUACAUGCAAGUCAAUAUACAGAAUGAUGGUCCUGUGACCAUAGAAUUGGAGCCUCCAGCCUCUACUACUGAUCCAAAAUAUUUUACAAAGCUUGAAAAACAGCAACAAAGGAAAGAAAAGACAAGGACUAAGGGGCCAUCUGAGUCAAGCCGAGAAAAAAGUGUACCUCGCAAUAAGGAAGACCCAAGCGCAAGUAGCGGAGCAGAGGGGGACGUGUCUUCUGAAAGAGAACCGUAGAACCUCAGGGGUGAUGUGCAAACCAACACCAUGGAAAAAUAAGGGAUUUUGCGCAGAAAUUUAUUACCAAAUUUAGACUUGUUUCACUUAAAAUGUGUUCACUUGUGACUUCAACUCUCUGUAUUCAUCAGUCUCUGUAAUAAAGUCUGUUUGAUUAAGAAUC